GUACAACUGCAGUGAUCAGAAGCAGAGCAGUGAAGAAAGUCAUGUGCCAAACUACCCUAGAGAUCAUGGAGCUCUUUCUCCCCCCCCCCUCACCUGCUGCUAGUGGCUGGCCGGCCUCUCUGGAUGGCUGCACCCCUGGGGAGGCAGGCAUGUGCUUGAUGCCUGCUCCUCCCUUCUCUUCUCUGGUCUGGAUGGAUGCUCCUGAUGGAGGAGGAGCACUGGCCCUCCACUGGCAUGGCUCCCCCCAGAGCAGCAGUGCCUGGCACACCCUGGGCUCUGGGCAUCUCAGCUAUUGGAGCUGCCAUCUCAGAUUACAGAGAGGAGGGCGGGUGGUUCUAGAUGUCAGGCUCUGGGUCCCACAUACAGUGCAAACCUGCUUACUCUGUCAGCCCUGGUAAGACCGUGCAGCACAGGCUGCUGGGCAGGGACCCUUCCCAUUCACAGAGAAGACCACACUGCCUGGCUGUGACACCCUAGGGGCUCAGGAGAAAAAUGAACUGGGCCCAUACCUGCUUCUCCUUUUGCUGGAUUUAUUUUGCUGCUUCCAGACUGAGAGCUGUGGAAACGGCAAAUGGAAAAUACGCUCAGAAGUUGUUUAAUGACCUUUUUGAAGAUUAUUCCAAUGCUCUUCGUCCAGUUGAAGAUACAGAUAAAGUCCUGAAUGUCACGUUGCAGAUCACACUGUCUCAGAUUAAGGAUAUGGAUGAAAGGAACCAGAUACUGACUGCCUAUCUGUGGAUCCGCCAGAUCUGGCAGGAUGCCUACCUCACGUGGGAUCGAGACCAGUAUGACGGGCUGGACUCCAUCAGGAUCCCCAGCGACCUGGUGUGGAGGCCGGACAUCGUCCUAUACAACAAGGCUGAUGAUGAGUCUUCAGAGUCUAUGAACACCAAUGUAGUCCUGCGUUAUGAUGGGCUCAUCACAUGGGAUGCACCAGCCAUCACCAAAAGCUCCUGUGUGGUGGAUGUCACUUACUUCCCCUUUGAUAGCCAGCAGUGCAACCUGACCUUCGGUUCCUGGACCUACAAUGGCAAUCAGGUGGAUAUAUUCAAUGCUCUGGACAGUGGCGAUCUCUCUGACUUCAUCGAGGAUGUGGAAUGGGAGGUCCAUGGCAUGCCUGCUGUGAAGAAUGUUAUCUCCUAUGGCUGUUGCUCUGAGCCUUACCCAGACGUCACCUUCACUCUCCUUCUGAAGAGGAGGUCCUCGUUUUACAUUGUCAACCUCCUCAUCCCUUGUGUCCUCAUAUCUUUCCUAGCUCCUUUGAGUUUUUAUCUCCCAGCAGCCUCUGGGGAGAAGGUCUCCCUGGGUGUGACCAUCCUGUUGGCCAUGACUGUUUUUCAGUUAAUGGUAGCAGAGAUUAUGCCAGCCUCAGAAAAUGUCCCUCUGAUAGGCAAAUACUACAUAGCUACAAUGGCCUUGAUCACAGCCUCUACUGCCCUGACCAUCAUGGUGAUGAAUAUCCACUUCUGUGGGACUGAGGCCCGGCCAGUGCCACACUGGGCCCGGGUGGUCAUCCUGAAGUACAUGGCCAGGAUCUUGUUUGUCUAUGAUGUGGGUGAGAGCUGCCUCAGCCUGUGCCAUGGCAUGGAGCAGGGCCACCUAACAAAGGUUUAUGGCAAACUUCCAGAGUCAAGCCUGAAGACAGCCAGGAAUAAAGAUCUCUCCAAGAAGAAGGAAAUGAACAAACUCUUGAAGAACAAUCUGGGGUGCCAGCGUGAGAUGCCACAGGAUGCUGAGAGUUACUGUGCACGAUAUGAAACGCUGAUGAGAAAUAUCGAGUACAUUGCCAGGUGCCUCAAAGACCACAAGGCCAACAACUCCAAGGGGAGUGAAUGGAAGAAGGUUGCGAAAGUCAUAGACCGAUUCUUCAUGUGGAUUUUCUUCAUCAUGGUGUUUGUGAUGACUAUUUUGAUCAUAGCAAGGGUGGAUUAGGAGGCAUUUGAUAUGGGUGAGAAAUCAAUAAAACUCCCUGUGAUCCACAGCAAUGUUCUUUUAAGCCAGAUUGUUGUUCACACAUAAUGUAGGGGUCAUGUUAUCUGUGAUUUUUAUUUUUAACUUUGAUAUUGUAGCUACCUGUCAUGUUAAAGUAAGCAAGAGAUCAACAAUUUUGUUUUAUUUAAUUGAGUUUAUUGGUACAUUCUAGGUAUACAGUACAGUU